AUGCCACCGCCGCCACCACCACCUGAUCUGAAUGUAGAUGAAUCACCUGUAGCCGAAUCCUCGACAAGGCCUCUGCGGUCGUCGCUGCAGAAAGUUACACCGGCUCCUUCCGCUUCACCAGCUCCCUCUACUCCAUUACCCACGGCACAUCCUGAAAACUACCUGCGAAUACGAUAUAUCCGGUUCGGCGAGUUUGACAUACAGACAUGGUUCGAUGCGCCAUUUCCAGAGGAGUACAUGACUAUACCUGACGGCCGCCUCUGGAUAUGCGAGUUUUGCCUCAAGUACAUGAAGAGCAAGUUCAACGCAUAUAGGCAUAGGCUGAAAUGCAAGAUGCGACAUCCUCCUGGAGAUGAAAUUUACCGCGACGGCGCGGUAGCCAUCUUCGAAGUUGACGGGCGAAAGAACAAGAUAUACUGCCAGAAUCUAUGUCUCCUGUCGAAGAUGUUUCUCGACCACAAGUCCUUGUUCUAUGACGUGGAGCCAUUCCUGUUUUACGUGAUGACGGAAGUGGACGAUGUAGGGGCUCGAUUCGUCGGCUACUUCAGCAAAGAGAAACGUAGCCCGAAAGACUACAACGUGAGCUGCAUUAUGACACUCCCUGUGCGUCAGCGCCAAGGUUGGGGUAAUCUUUUGAUCGACUUCAGUUAUCUCUUGUCGAAAAAGGAACACAGGACUGGUUCGCCUGAGAAGCCGCUCUCUGCCCUCGGCGCGCUCGGAUACCGGAACUAUUGGACUUUGGCUAUAAUGCGUUUUCUUCGCAUAACGCCGGGAAGCCCACGCUUGGAAGGUAUGCCCAGAACGUGA